UUGCGUGCCCAUAUAUAAGCAAUGGCUGAACUGGUUUCAAAAUCAUUCAAGUAAUUUACCCCAAACAAAACACAUCUCUAGUCUAAGCAGAGAAUUUAACAGUAAUUUUGGGUAUCACACUGAGCACCAAUCUCAGUCCAUCCUUCCAUCACAAGCUCAACUCAUACAACAACAUACAACAAUGUUGCCAAUAACAAAUGAGAACAAUGCCGCCAACUUAAAUGCUGCAUUUGUUACAGACAAUAGUUUUGAAGUGGCAGAAGCAACCGGCACAGCUGACAGCAGAGGAAGCGGUGUACAAAGUUCGGAAGAAGAAAUCGCCGAGGUAGUGGAAAUAGACGGAAAUAUCGAAGCGGAAACCAAUAAGUCUGUUAACAACAGCGAUAUAAAAGAAAAUAUGGAGAAUCUCGAAAAUGAUGCUGCCGCGACCACUACAGUGUUGGUUGUUGAGGAGAUAACGACAAUAGCACCAGAAACAGCAAGAGCAACAGAUACGGCAACGUUCCAAGAUGAUUCGCCGAGCAUUGAGCAAGAGGCGGAAGAAGAGCAAACGCUUACAAUUGAAAAUAAUGAGGCAAUGGAAGCGAAUAACAGCCCAAAUGAGUCAUCAAACUCGGAUGUUGCAACCGAUGAUGCGGCAGCUAGCAGUGUAAGCGGUGAGGAGGCUGCAGAUGAAGCACCAGUAGCUGGCGCUGAGAUUGAAAAUGAAAAUGACAACGAAGAUGAGGAUGAUGCUGAUGAUUUGCGCGCUGAAUUGGAUGAGGAAAAUAUUAACGAAACAGCAGCUAGUGAAUCAACGAACGGUAUCGAUGAAGCGGUAACUGAGCCAGUAAAAUCUGUUGAAGACACGGUUGAAUGGUUGGGUGAUGAUGCUGCUAUCGCGGCAGCACCACAACCUGGUAGCGACAUUGAUGAAGUUGACAACGAAUCAAAUGAGAAACGUUACGCAAAUUAUGCCAACAACAAGAAUCGUGAAGACAUCUCAUCGUCAGAUGACGAAGGGGAAGAUGAGACUGAGGCUGUGCAAAUGAAUCCUGAAUUCGAUUCGGAAUGGGCUGAUUUAAAGGAUGAUCUGGCGAAGGCGAGCAGUGAGGAGCGUAAUGAUUUGAGCAACGAUAUCGAUGCCUUUGAUGCGGUGCCAAUAGAUUUGUCCAAUGAUAUUGCUGUCAAUGACAAUCCCGAUUUGCCCCUAAAUCCCGAAGCGGAAGUAUUUGAUGUGUCGGGUCUGAAAAAGCCGAUGUUUGAAAAAUUAACCAUUUCGGGUGAUGCUCAGCCAGCUGAUAAGUAAGUUGUUUAAAGAAACACCGAGAGAGAGAGAGAGAAGCUCUAGUGCCAAAUACUCAGCAAUCAAAUUUAAUUACGUUUGUAGGUGUGUAAUUUAAAUUUAAGAAAUUUUUAAUUUAAGUUGAAAAUUACAGCAUAUUUUAAGUAUAAAAAAGUAUUCGAAUUUGUACUUUGUGGCUUACCACGUUGUUUAAAAUUAACAGUAAUGACUCAUGAAAAUUCAAGGUUUACAAAAAAAUUAUUAAAUGUUUACUUAUUAUUACAUAUUUAACCUAAUAAUAUGUAAUAUUAUAAAUUGUUUUAUUUUAUUUUAUUUUAUUUAUCUUUAAUCUCACUUAAAGAUAUGUAUUCAAAGCUUUAUAUAAAAUUCCUUUUCGUUAGCUUCUGUGAGUUCUGCCAUAAUACUCAUCACUUGUUAAAUAUAUUUAUAUAUUUUAUUAUAGUUGUAUACACACAUAUCACAGCGCAUUUAAUAUAAA